UGUUUGGCGCUGGGGGAAGGGUUAGAGCAUUAAACCGGAAGUGCAGGAAUUUCUGCGGGGGUUGAACUGAAGAUUUUAAUCAUUUGCUUCUGAAUGAAUGACCAUAAUGAUUCUGUCAAGAUUGUCUUUGCAACUUGCAAAAGUACACAGAUUUCCAGGAACGCAGGCUCUUUUUGGCUCUGUUCUUCGACAAUGUAGUACAUUAUCCAAAGAUUGUUAUACAUCUCCAAGACAAAACAAGUUGAAACCACAGCGUUGGUUUGUACUAGAUCGUGAGCUGGAGGAGCUCCUGAUUCCAAGGAAAUUGUCCAUUAGCCCUUCAGAAAGUUGGCUAACAAUUAAAUACUGGGUACCCAGUUUGGACCUAAACCAUGGACAAGGUAUUGGUAUAGGUUUAGGGAAUCCUUCGAUGUAUAACUGCCCUCCAGUGGAGGGAUCCCAACUUUUUGAAGAGGAUGGAGCAGCAAUAAACUACAAAAUAGACAAAAUCGAAUGUAAAAAUGUAUUGAAGAUUCGCAGGCGAAAGAUGAACAGGCACAAGUACAAGAAGUUGCUAAAACGUACAAAGUUUUUGCGUAGACGGGUCAAGGAGGGCCGUAGAAAACGGCGGCAGGUAAAGUUUGAAAGGGAUUUGAAGCAAAUCUGGAAAAAAGCUGGUCUGAAGAAACCACCUGAGGGGUGGCAGGCACCAAAAAUAUAUGUUAAACGAUACCACGGAAAAUCUGAGUGACGCAGGGAACAAAACAGCUACAUUCUUUAUGGAGUGGAGUGAAGCCAUUUGGAAUCCAGUUCUAGAAUUAAAAUCAAAUUAUUUGUAUCACAUUUGUGUUUUCAUAUAAGACAGGAUACAUAUCAUUGUUAAGUUAAACAUUGAACUAAGUUCAUUCUUGACCUCAAUAAGUUGAUGUCUGCAUUGUAACAGCUUACUUUUUGGAUGGGAGCUUCAACAUAGUCAAGUAUCACAGACUGAUCCACAACAAUAAUAUUAAACAAAAUUUGACACCAAUCCAUGCAAGUAGAAAUUGGAGCAGCUUGGACAAAUUGCUAGGUAACUUAAAGAGAAGGGAAAAACUUCAGAUGUAACACUCACAAAACAUUGGAGGAA